GCAAAACUUAUCUUGGUUAAAAUAGUGCAAAAGUUUUCUUGCUUAAAACAGUGCAAAGUUCUCUGCCAGUUACUUGGAGUGCAGGCACAAAGAAGUCCCAAAGUGUUUUGUGGUUCAGAAGGUUUGCCUUAUUUUGGGUCCAGGUAAGUGUUAGACCAUUCACCUCUCCUAUUUAUUUCACUAUAACUCCCAGUUCCCCAACUCCCCUACACGUUUCACGACCACCAGGUAUGCUCCUCUUCUCUUCUCUUUAUCUCCCUCUCCCUCGCUUUCUCUUUGCUGGCAGAAUUUUGUUUUCAUCAUUUCUAUACCUGUGGUUUCUUUGUGUGGAAUUUAGAUAACAAAUCGUGAGAAUCUGGUGCUGUUGUUUGAUCGUGAUGAAUAUAUGAUUGUUGAACUAUAAUUCCCACUUUUUGGGAGGGUAACUCUAUUAUCCCGUUGUCACAAAAAACUUGGUUAAAGUUAUGCACAUAACGAGUUCGAUAUAUUGUCUGAAAGACGAUUUCAUUCGCCAAUGAAGUCUAGGUAACCAGGUGAAAUUAGGAGAUGCGUAGAAGUGUGUUUUGGAUAGUGCCGGUUGGCUUUAAAGUGUUCUGUUAAGAUUUGACCAAUUUAUAAGGAAAUGAAAAUUGGGGAGAGGAAAAGUGUUACACGGAGCAUUAUGCUAAUCUAUAGCCAUGAAUUUUGAAUUGCUGAAUUGCAUUCUUUUAUUUGUUUUGUUGAGUUGAGCCUUUGAUAAACAUGAUCUUCAUUUUAUUGUAUGAUCAAUGAAUUCUGUCUGUAAACUGAAUGGUCAAUCACUGUUAUUCUGAUGUAAUAUGGCAGGAGUUCUUAUUUUAUACUAGAAUUGGGACAAGACACGUGAGGCUAGUUAAAACUGAAAUUAUGUGAUGAAAUGUUGGGCCUCAAUCAUCCACAUUGUUGACCAUAUUGAUCUUGAUGCUUGUAGUGUUCUCCUCAAGCCACUUUAUGAAACGUCCAAGAGCCUUGCUCAGAAAAUGAUAAUGGCUGCCUUCCGAUACAUAAGGCAGAUAGCCCAAGAAGCCAAUAGAGAAAUCCAAUAUGCUGGAGGUCGGCAACCUGCUGUGUUGAGGGCAUUUAGUCAGAGAUUAUGCAGGGGAUUCAAUAAUGCGGUUAGUGGAUUUAUUGAUGAUGGUUGGACAACUAUGGGUAGUGAUGGUGUGGAGGAUGUAACAAGUGCUGUAAACUCAUCGCCAAGUAAAUUCCUUGAUGCACAAUAGAAGAUCACCAAAAGAUUCAUUCCACUGGAGCUGAAAUCAACUAGAUUAUCACAUGAAAACCAGGGCCGCUUGAAGAUUGCAGACUUUUGGUGGUCUGUACAAUCAAGAAGCAACAGACAUACAAUGUGCGGAACUCUGGACUAUCUAGCACCAGAAAUGGUGGAGAACAAACCUCAUGAUUAUGCAGUUGGCAAUUGGACUCUAGGGAUCCUCUACUACGAGUUUUUAUACAGUACAAGCAACCAUCGAUCUUUGCUCUGGUAUCUGGUGUUAAGAAUUCACUGAUGCUACUAAUCCAAAUUCGUGUAGGUUAGGCCCACGUAGGGGGUAGAGCUCUUCCUACCGAUAUGUUCUCACUUCCUAGGGGUCGAACCCCAAACCACUAGGCGACAGUAAAGGUAUUCCAACCAUCACACCAUAUCCCUUGAAUGGGUUACAAAGGAAAUAAACUGAUUAGAAGCCUAGGGUGCUGAAUAAGUAGGAUGACGCAUCCUAA